AUGACAAUGCGACCAAUUAAAGUGAUAAUAUCCCUAACAUUACUAUCAUUAAUAAAAGAGUAUUCAGCCAUUAUAUACGAGGGCAGUCUUUAUCACGACAAAGAAUUAAAUUACCUCUCACGAUUUUGUUACCACAAACAUGAAAGUCUCCUUAGGUUUGAAAUUGUCUACCCAGAAAUUUUGGGCUUAGUAUUCUUAAAUGCUUAUUGGAACGCACCGGAGAUAUGGGACGUUGCAUACACUUCGCGGAUGACAUGUGACGAAAAACUCAUACUUUUGCAGAAUUUUUCUCCCAAUCAAAAAUUUUCACUUUCCGCUGAAGAGAGUAGCUGGUGCGAGCACGUUGACCUCAGAAACUUUGCACAUCCCUUUGAAUUACCCGAUUUUCAUGAAGCUAAAAGUGGUAUAGUGGAGCGGAUGGUGGAAAUCGACCCUCGUUAUCGAAAUCACUCUCGUCACGACUUUCCUCGUCAGCUCUACACUUUUCCUAUAGAAAGUCAUCACUCAAGCAUUCUUCAGUCCGUCUAUUCACUCUACCGUUCCGACUCUAGUGUAUCUCCCAACUGGGUUUACUUAACGUCCAAAGAAAAGCGCCAUCUGCUAUAUCCACUGCUUCUCUUCUUCGGAGUAUUUUUCUUCGCCUUUCUGAAGUGGCUUUUUGCUCUCAUGUGUAUGGGUCAUCUGUCUAAUGCUGGUCGAAGACUCCUGUGGUUGGAGAUUACCAGCGACAUUAUGGGUGGUACCGCCAAUUGUGCCCUAGUGGCUUUAUUGCUGCUUCUUGCUUCUGGCUACUGCAUUGUUCACAGGGAUCCCGGAAAGCGUCUGACAAUUACUCUCCUAGCAACAGUCACCAUUUAUGGUCUCGUUCAACUGGCCUGUGGGAUCACGACCACGCUGGCUUUUGAUUCGGGUCGAGCUAAAUAUCGCUUCCAGUCACCGACGGGCUACACUUUGGUGACCCUGAACGUAGUUACAUGGCUUGUUUUUCUAUUGGUUGCAAUGUACACUAACACUCAUUGGCCAGCGAAACGCCUCUUCUACUUACAACUGAUCUUCUUCUACUCAGCUUGGUUUUGGGUUUUGCCAAUAAUUCUUAUCAUUAAUGGUGACUACAUCGCUCUGUGGCGUCGUCUGGCGCUGCAUCGGUCGAUAGCAAGCACGGCUGACCUCGCGGCCCACGUGUACAUUCUCUAUAUCUUCUGGCCGACAAAUUUGGCCCGAAAUUUCAUUCAAACUGAUGCAACUGGGGAGGGAGAUGUCACAAGUCUAACUCAAGUACCUCGAACCUCAGUUACGCCAGUAACAGUGCCGCCACUCACCACAGAGACAAAAUCACCGCGAGGCAAGGCAUCGAGAACUGAAGCGAAUGAUGGUGGCCAGGGUUCGUCAAAGCCUAGGGAGUCAAAAACGCCCGUAGAAACGCCACGAAAAGACGAAACACCAGACAAAGAUGCCAAAUCAAACUUUUUGAAGAAGUUGAUGCAGUAA